UACCCUGCACAUCGACUUACGCGGGUCCGGGGUUUAGGGUUUAGGCUCAUCGAAUUGGCGGUGCAGUGCUGAUUGGUAUGGAUUUCGGAGCUUGGAGGUACCUCUGGCUCGCCGAUUCAGCAUUGCUGAUGCUACCUAAUUUAAGAAACUUCUGCAUUGGGUUUUCGGGAAAGAAUUCUGACGCCUGAGCCGCUAAUUUGGUGGAGUUCAAGGUGAUUGUUCCCUAAAGCGAUCAUCUGCUUGCAAAAUUGUUGAUGUGGUAGUGAAUUUGAGAGAUCGGUUCCGUGUCGACGAAGUUCAAGGUCAGUAAUGGGAAUGCGACGAUGUUUAACAAGACUCAAGCAUUUUAUGGCGUACUCGAAUGGCGUGUCCGCUUUGGGCAGUGGUGAAUGUUGUGGUGGAAAAUGGAGCGGAGUUGAGAAUUUGAGGGCUGUGGCGGAAGUGUCGACGAGCACACGGGUCGAGCAGCAGGCCAAGCCGUCGAGAUUAUCAAUUAGACCGACCUCGUUUUUGCGGCCGGCAACAGUAAGCCCGCCUCUGGAGGUCCCGAAAUACAUACCUCGUCCCCCGUAUGUUGGUGCUGCUGAGCCACCGGCACUGGCGGAAGAAAUUCAAAUUCAUGACGAGGCGGGUGUUUCGGGAGUGCGAGAAGCAGGUCGACUUGCAGCGCUAAUUCGUGACUAUGUUGGAUCAUUAGUCCGGCCUGGAGUGACAACGGAUGAAUUAGAUAAGGCUGCCCACGAUGCCAUUAUUGAUAGCGGUGCAUACCCGUCACUGCUUGGCUUUGGUGGGUUUCCAAAGAGUGUGUCGACCUCUGUGAACGAGUGCAUUUGCAAUGGUAUCCCUAACUCACGCCCUCUCCAGAAAGGGGACAUAAUUAACAUCGAUAUAAACAUUUACUUGAAUGGUUAUCAUGCUGAGACCUCAGAGACACAUAUCUGUGGCACUGUGGAUGAGCAUGUGAGGCAAUUUGUUGAGGUUGCAAGGGAUUGCUUGAAUACAGCUAUUGCCAUGUGUGGGCCGGGCAUCGAUUUUCGGGAGAUAGGUGCCAUCAUCACUGACAUUGCUGACGGUUGCAAUUACCACGUAGUUGAACACGUUGCUGGGCAUGGGGUGGGCUCCUUGUUUCAUUCGGCUCCAUUAAUCUAUCAUUGCUAUAAUUAUAAAUCCGGAAGGAUGGUUGCUGGACAAACUUUUACCCUCGAGCCAGCGCUUUCAAUGGGCACUGAGAAGGCUUUACAAUGGGAGGAUAUGUGGACGACGGUGACAGCUGAUGGCAGCCUUUCAGCCCAAUUCAAACAUACCGUGCUCAUUACUGAAUCUGGGGCUGAAAUUCUUACACCCAAAGAAGAAAUGGACGAGGAUGACAAUGAGUAGAAUGUGAAUUUAUUACAAUGUGUUCAAAUUGUAUGGUCUGUUGUAACAGAGAAUGAUGUUCAUUUUUGUAUCUAUUACAUGUUCUUUGGCAACUUAAGCACGCCUUAGAAUUCCUCAA